CUACAAAGCACACCGCAUUCGAUCCCCACUGCCAUUGAUCGAUCAAUCAAUCGAUCGGUCACGAAUGGAAUCCACCUCCUCCCUUAAACCCUGCGUCGUCUCCCAACCCCAGAGCCCCAAGCAGGGCGACGAUGACGGCAAGGCGGCGGCGGCGCCCAAGCCGAUGCCAGCAUCGGCACGGACGGCGUCGUCCUUCGCGAUGCUGACAAGGUUCCACGCGGGCUACUUCCGCAUCAGCCUGGCGCUGAGCGGGCAGGCGCUGCUGUGGCGCACCCUGAGCGACUCUUCUUCUCCGUCGUCGUCGUCGACAGAGCAGCAGGCAAGCCCGCUGCGCCCCGUGGUGCGCUCCCUGCCGUCCGCGGCAUUCGUGCUGCUCUGGUCGCUGGCGCUGCUCACGCUGCUCGCGCUGUGCGCGCUCUACGCCGCCCGGUGCGCGCUCCGGCUGCCCGCGGUGCGCGCCGAGUUCCGGCACCACGUCGGCAUGAACUACCUCUUCGCGCCGUGGAUCUCCGGGCUCCUGCUGCUGCAGGCCUCCACGCCGUGCUUCCUGGCGCCCGGGUCGCCCUCGUACCACGCGCUCUGGUGGGCCUUCUCGCUCCCGGUGCUCGUGCUGGACGUCAAGGUCUACGGGCAGUGGUUCACCCGGGGCAAGAAGUUUUUGUCCAUGGUGGCCAACCCGGCCAGCCACAUGACGGUGAUCGCCAACCUCGUCACGGCCAGGGCGGCCGCCAGGAUGGGGUGGCACGAGGGCGCCGUGGCCAUGUUCGCCGUCGGCGCCGCGCACUACCUCGUGCUCUUCGUCACGCUGUACCAGAGGUUCCUGGGGUCAGACUCGCUGCCGGCCAUGCUCCGACCGGUCUUCUUCCUCUUCUUCGCCGCGCCCAGCAUGGCCGCCCUCGCCUGGCGCUCCAUCACGGGCUCCUUCGACACCUGCUGCAAGAUGCUCUUCUUCCUCUCCCUCUUCCUCUUCGCUUCCCUGGUGUCCCGGCCGACGCUGUUCAAGCGGGCGAUGCGGCGGUUCAGCGUGGCGUGGUGGGCCUACUCGUUCCCGCUGACGGUGCUGGCGCUGGCGGCGGCGGAGUACGCGCAGGAGUUGAGUGAAGAAGCGGCGGCGAGCGUGCUCAUGCUGGCGCUCGCCGUGCUCUCCGUCGUCGUCACACUGGCGCUCAUGGUCUUCACCGCGCUCCGCACCGGCGACCUGCUGCCCCACGACGACCCCUUCGACUGCGCCCAGAUGCUGCCCGCCACACGCUAGCUAGCAGAUUAAUUAGCAGGCGCCGUCCGAUCGGUCUCGUCUCGUGUACAUAUUAGUUGGCGGUGGAGACGUACACACGUACUGUGUGCGGUACGUGUAACGAAUUUUUUGUUCAGUACGUGCUGGGGAAUCGAUCGGGAUGAUGCCGACAGGGAGUCCCAGGUUUCCACCGCACGGAACGUGCAUAUCCAGUAGCGGUAACAGGACGGUCGAUCGAUGUACGUGCAUUCUGUCGACAGAAAAUCUCUGGCUUGUCCCGUAUCUGACCAGACUGUCAGACUCAGGGUACUACGUGCCUUUGAGGCUUUAAUUUGGCUGCAUCUCCUGCCGUACAAAGAGGACCAGCUCGUACGUCCUAGGUAGCUUGUACUAGUCCCCUGAAAAAUAGCCGGAGUAGAAUGCUUCUGCUCAGUUCGCAAAUCCCCUCCUUAAUUUCUCGACGCAGCAAACUUAAUUUAGAGCACCUUCACUAGUAGGAUCGAUAUGGUUGUACACAAAAGGGGUUAUGUAUUCGUGAACAUUCCUCAAUUCUUGUUAUUUUCUUUAUUAUGUAAAGAGAAAUCAAUUCUCGCUGUUUGCGAAGAUAUGCAUCGAGUUGCUAA